CAGACUACGCCUGGACAGCAGCGAUAUCUGGAAGCUGCCUCUGCAAAAAAGAGAAAAUGGAUUGGCAGGCGCAAUGUGACAGAGACCUGGCAUCAGCAGUCUAUCAUGGAAAUGUUGAUGCACUGAAAGAACUCAUAUCAAAAGGUGGCAAUCCAAAUGCAAAGGGCUAUAAUAAUGAGCCACUGCUGUUACAUGCAGCUGGCUGUAAUAAAGUGGAAGUUGUCAGAUAUCUUCUGAAUGAUCUCCAUGUUCCAAUUGAAAUCCGUGACAAGCAUGGACAUACGGCUCUUUUGACUGCAGCAUCACACGGAGCCUUGGAAGUGCUGCAGUUCCUGAUCUCAGCUGGUGCCAAUAUUCUGGCUACAAAUGCCUUAGAGGAGACAGCACUGCAUCUCUCUGCGCGCACUGAGUCAGUGGAGACCUUCAAGUUCCUCCAGCAGUCAGGAAUUCCCAUGGAUGCUGUGGAUAUUCGAGGCAGAACUUUUCUCCAUCAUGCAGCUGAAUUUUCAUAUCCAAAGAUGGUGGAAUGUAUCUUACAAGGGGGCUGGCUGCCUGUUGACUGCCUAGACAAGAAUGGACAAACACCACUGAUGUUGACAGCAGACUUCCCACGGAAUGAGAGAGAUCCUGUCAUACAUAGCAGCUGGUUCACUUGUGAAGAUUAUGUCAACCAGGUCAUAAAGCUGCUUCUUAGUGCUGGAGCUGAUCUUUCAAGAAAGGAUGUGCUUGGAAGGACUACACUUCACAGAACACUUGGCAAUAGAGAAAAUUUUGACUUCUUAUGGAAAAAAUGUAAAGAUUUCACACAUUCUGUUGAUAAGAAAGGACAGACACCAAUACAUAGAGCGCUCUCAGCUUUCCGCUUUCAUUGGGACAUGCAUCACAUAAUGCGACUCUUGCUGGAAGCUGGUGCAGAUGCCAAAUCACGUGAUUCAGAAGGAAGGACAGCUUUGUACAUUGCAUUAGAGAAGCAAUGUUCUUAUGAAGUGCAGGCAUUAAUAAAAUCAGGAGCUGAAACAUCAUGCCUGAAGAAAGACAGUCUCACUAAGAUUCUCCACAUUGCUGUCAGGAAUGAUGACUAUGAGCAAACAAAUAGAAUGAUUGCUGAAGGUGCAGAUGUAAAUGGCAGACAGAGUUUUAACAGAGACUCGCCAUCAACAGAAAAAGGCCACACUAUAAGAUGUUUGGGGUGCUAUGAAGCAGGCGGACCUGUAUAUUAUGAAUUGUCAGGGGAAUCUCCUUUGUUUGAGGCACUUAGGUCUCCAAAGAUCUUCAAAUUGUUGAUUGAUUCUGGGGCAAAUGUGAAUUUCAAAGAUGACCAUGGUUGUACAGCACUUCAUAGAGCUGUUGCUGAUAUGCGCUGUGAGGUGCUGGAAAUGCUGCUGGAUGCUGGUGCUGAUCCAAAUAUUGUAGAUGAUUGUGGAGUAUCAUCGCUCCACACACUAUCAGAUAGACGUGCAGGUGUCAGGGACAUUACAAAAUUUGCAGAAAGGCUCUUACAAGCUGGAGCCAGUGUGAAUGUGGCAGAUCAUAAUGGCAGAACACCAUUACAUUACGCAACAAAAAGAGGAGAUUCAAAGCAUGUGAACAUUUUACUCAGUGCUGGAGCCAAUGUUCAUGCGGUGGAUGUGAAUGGUGCAACUCCACUCCUCAUAACUGAUAAACGUCACUUUACACAGAUAAUCAAGUUAUUGGUUGAUGCUGGAGCAAAUGUGAAUUUGAAAGAUGCCCAUGGUUGUUCACCACUUCAAAAAGCAGUUGAUAAUAGAAACUUUGAGGCCUUGGAAGUGCUACUGGAUGCUGGUGCUGAUCCAAAUAUUGUAGAUGAAUGUGGAGUAUCACUGCUCAACAUUGUGUCAAGUAAACCUGUGAAUACCAAGGAUGUUCCAAAGUUCGCUGAAAGGCUUCUACAAGCUGGAGCCAAUGUGAAUCUUAAAGAUCAUAAUGGCAUAACACCACUUCAUUGUGCAGCAAAGACAGGAAACUGUAAGCUCAUAGAAAUUCUACUCAGUGCUGGAGCUGAUGUUAAUUCCAUGGAUGUGAAUGGUGCAACUCCAUUACACAUGACAUCUAAACACUGCUUUAUGCAGGCUGCACAGUUACUGCUUGAUGCUGGAGCUAAUUUAACAGCAAGUGAUAAAGAUGGUCAGCAAAUCAUACAUAAGGCUUCGCAAUUUGGGGACACUACAGCCAUUGAUUAUCUUGUGGAAAAGUGGCCAUCAACAUGGGGCUGUGACAGCCAUGGAAAUACUGUUCUACACUUUGCUGCUAGAAGUCGUAGAAAUAGACUGAUCAGCAUAGAGCAUAUCCUAAAGAGGAAUCUGGUGUCUGUAGAUGAGAGGAAUGUGGAAGGACAGACAGCACUAGCAAUGCUUGUGGAGCGCAGUAGUAAAUCGCACUCUACACACGGUGAAGUAGAGAUAUUGUUGACAGAAGGAGCAAGUCCCACUACAAAGGACAACAACGGGAAAAUGCCUCUGCACACCGCAGCUAGUGUCGGCGAUGUGAAGGUGGUGGAGGCCUUGGUUGCGGCUGGAGCAGAUGUCACAUUGAAGGAUGUCACUGGUCGAACACCCCUGCACUGGGCAGCCAAGGCACACAGUGUGGAAGGUCUGGAGCUGUUACUGAAAAAGGCAGCAAGCAUUGAUGAACAGGACAGCGAUGGCCAAACUCCACUGAUGCUUGCUGUUGGUAGCAGUAAUGCAGUCAAUUUACUGCUGAGGAAAGGCGCGAGUAUAAAUGUGAAAAAUCACUCUGGGAAGACAGCCCUGGAAGAAGCAAUGGAUCAUGGCAGUCAUGGUGCAGUGAAAUUACUGUGGACUGCAGUAAGCAACUUAAAGGAUAUUCCACAGGAGUAUUGCAUCAAAGCAGUUCAUGUAGCUGUAAAAGCAGGAGAUGAAGAGAUGUUGGACCAUUUGAUUUCUUUGGGGAUAUCGUUGUCAGACUGCUGGUGGGAUCCUGAGCAUGAGACAACAUUGCUGCACUGUGCAGCACAGUCAAGUGUGGAAAUGCUGAAGAAACUAAUAGACAAUGGUCACACUGAAAGUGCACGUGACCACAAGGGAUGCUCCCCAUUACACAUUGCAGUUCAAUCAUUAAAUUUCAUGGGCACAAAAUAUUUGCUUGAAGAUGCAAAUGUUCCAGUGAAUGAGAGGAAUGCUGAUGGUAGAACAGCCUUGAUGUUGGCAGUCAGUGAUUCUUGGUAUUAUCCUGAUGUAUUUGACAUGCUUGAGAUUCUGGUGAAUGCGGGGGCAGAUAUUAAUGCUAAAGACAAAGAUGGGAAGACUGCCUACCAGUUGGCAUAUUAUGCUUGGGCUGACAUGACUCAUGAUGUACUAGAUUAUAUGCAAUUUCGACUCUGAUUGUAUAGGGGAAGUGGAGAAGUUCAGCAUGCCUUUGAAGGACUGAAGCAGUUCUUUACCUUCAAUAUGCUUACCUGUACAUGGUGUUUCUGUAUUUGUAAUUCCAUUUAAGUGCCACCUGAAUAAAUAACUAAACUUUA